AUGGCGGUGUACGUGCUAUGGUUGUUAGCUGCGUUAGCACCGCUGCUUGAAGUCAACACACAAAGGUAUGAUCCGAACUACGAAGGCUAUGAUUGGAGAUAUAACAAUCAGAUUCAAGGGCCUGACCAGAGACAAGAGAUAAACUCAAAUCCAAGCAAUACAUAUUCAUACGGUACUUACGGUUUGUCGAAUCGACCAGAUAUAUCUCCGCCUCCGCCUCCAGGUCCGGUAUCGGAUGAUGAAACAAGUAGAAGUCUUAGUUAUACAAUAUAUGACCCUGUGACCAGGCAACGCAGUAUAGAGCGCAAUUGUACUGCAAAAGGAUGUUGUGUACCGAAGUGUUUUGCUGAAAAGGGUAACAGGGGUUUUCCUGGCAUGCUUGGACCUCCAGGUGCUCCAGGUCUUCCUGGACAUGAAGGUCCAGAAGGUCCGCAAGGUCCUAAAGGUGCAAAGGGGCAGAUGGGUAAUCCAGGGCCUAGAGGACCAAAGGGUGACCGCGGAAAGCCUGGUGAAAUCGGUUUUGUUGGAAGAACUGGACCUCCUGGACCUCAAGGUGAACCUGGUCGAAUAGGUCAAGCCGGUAGAGACGGUUGCAAUGGUACAGAUGGAGAACCUGGUCCUAUGGGAUAUCCAGGUGCACAGGGUCCCCGUGGUUAUCCUGGUGCAAGAGGUGACAAAGGAGACAAAGGAGAAUCUGCAUACACUGGUAGAUAUCCAAAGGGACAGAAAGGAGAACCGGGUGCUGAUGGACAACUAGGAAGACCGGGUCCUGCCGGACCAACUGGUCCUCCUGGAUUGCAAGGGCCAAAAGGAAAUCUUGGACCUAUGGGUGCUCCUGGUCCAAGAGGUGACAAAGGUGCUAAAGGUUCUAAGGGUCUAGCCAUACCAGGUGACAAAGGAGAACGAGGUGAUCAAGGUGACAGAGGUCAAACUUGCCCUCCUGUAACGUUACCGGGAGACGACGAUAAGGGCCCCCCAUUUGUCAAAGGCAUUCAAGGAGACAUGGGUGCCAAGGGUGAGAAAGGAGAACCGGGACCAAUGGGUGAUAAAGGUGAUACGGGUCUUACUGGAGAAGCAGGUCGCCCAGGUCAAAUGGGUAUCAAGGGAGAAAAAGGACUUAGGGGAAACCCUGGUGAAAGAGGUCGAGAUGGAAUGUAUGGUGCUUCAGGACCUCAAGGAAAGAAAGGAGAUAGAGGAAAUGAUGGAAUAGCUGGUUUAGAUGGAAGACCAGGCAGUAAAGGUGAGCCUGGAAAGCAUGGAUCACAAGGACCCCGUGGUAUGAAGGGUGUUCCAGGUGCACCUGGUGGACGUACUGGAUCUCGUGGACCACCAGGUCCUCAAGGGCCAAGAGGUUACCAGGGUAGACCUGGACCUAAAGGAACAGAUGGCAUCCCAGGAGAAAAGGGUGACAUGGGACCUAUGGGUCCUCAGGGUGGACAAGGUGAACCCGGUAAUACUGGUAUUGAAGGGCCUGCUGGUGCUAAAGGAGAAAAGGGUGAACCAGGACGAGUAGGGCAACAAGGAGAUCUGGGACCUCGUGGUUUUCAAGGACCUCAGGGUCCUCAGGGCCCAAGAGGGCCUAGAGGUGAAGACGGUAUUUCUAUUCCUGGUCAACCGGGUCAAAGCGGCUUACCUGGCUUACACGGAGAAAAAGGUGCCAAAGGUGAAAAGGGAUACAUCGGAAUAAGGGGAUCGCCUGGUAAUUCCAGCUUAGGCACACCUGGUAGCCCGGGAGAAAUCGGACCUCCAGGAGAAAAAGGAGAAAAGGGUAGUCCAGGUUUUGAUGGUGUCCCAGGAAAUCCUGGCAGUAAAGGAGAUACUGGCGGACGUUGUAAUGAAUGUUUUCCUGGAUCUCGAGGAGACAAAGGAGAUCGAGGUAUGAGUGGCCUUCCAGGUGCAACAGGCGAUCGCGGACUUCCCGGCCCACCUGGAAUCAAUGGUGAAAGAGGCGCUGAUGGAAUGAACGGUAUGCCUGGUGCUCCAGGAGCUCCGGGUGAACGCGGUGACGAAGGAGCUAUAGGACCACGAGGAUACAAAGGAGAAGACGCAUACGUUGCGUCGAAUAUAGUUAAAGGUCCACCCGGAGAGAAAGGAGAGCAAGGUGAGCCUGGGCCAGCUGGCCCUAAAGGAGACAAAGGAGUUGCUGGCCAGAAAGGCAUGACAGGACCCGUUGGCAUGCCCGGAUUAAAGGGAGAUCAUGGUCUCAAUGGACAACCUGGAACAGAUGGUAUACCGGGAUCAGAUGGAAAUCCUGGCACGCCUGGUAGGGAUGGAAUAUCUGUAAAGGGAGAAAAAGGUGCAGCAGGACUAUUUGGACAAAAGGGAGAAAAAGGAUAUCCAGGACGAUAUGGUAUUAAAGGUGAACCUGGAAAGUGUCCAGUGGAUUUAGAUAAGCUUACAAGAGGCGAUAGAGGCGCUCCCGGAGCUCCAGGACCUCAAGGAUUUCCAGGUGAAAAAGGAGAUAAGGGUGAUCUAGGUGUUUCGGGCCGCCCAGGUGAAAAAGGAAAAACAGGUUUGCCUGGUCAGCCUGGACGAGUAGGUCCAAGAGGUCUUACUGGAGCUAGAGGAGACAAAGGUGAUAUGGGAGUAAGCGGUUUCCCGGGCACACCGGGAGAAGCAGGUGUCAGAGGUAUGCCAGGCACACCUGGACUUAAGGGUGAUAAAGGUGAAAUUGGUUUGUCUAUGCCAGGACCACCUGGUCCUAGUGGACUUACGGGUGAAAAGGGUGACAAAGGUAAUAGAGGCACUCCUGGUACACCUGGUGCUGAAGGUUUUCCUGGUCCUGUUGGAUUAAAUGGUGAAAAGGGAGACCAGGGUCCUAUAGGGCGGCCAGGCAUACCUGGAGCUCAAGGUCAGAAAGGUGACACUGGUCCAAUUGGACCUGUCGGCAGUCCUGGUACUCCGGGCGUACCUGGACGAGAUGGACUUAAGGGUCAACAAGGGUACCCAGGACUUGUAGGAAAACCAGGAGUAAUAGGAUUACCAGGUGCAAAGGGUGAACCAGGAAUGCAAGGAGCUCCGGGACAAAGAGGAUUCCCUGGACAGCGUGGACGUCCUGGUUUUAGAGGGGAAGCUGGUAUUCCAGGUGCCACCGGCGAGAAAGGUGAUAAGGGAAGUCUUGGUUAUCCUGGGUCACCAGGAGCCCCUGGUAAAGACGGUCCUAUAGGUCUACAAGGUCAACCCGGUCUUAAAGGAAAUCAAGGAUAUCCUGGAAAACCUGGAGCACCAGGAAUUAUGGGCCCUAGUGGAGAUAAGGGCGACCAAGGUUUCCCAGGUUUAAUAGGUCCUAAAGGAGAACCGGGCUUAGCAUCCGACAAAGGUCAAAAGGGUGAAGCUGGAAUACCUGGACAGCCAGGAAGAGACGGUAUGCCAGGUGAAAUGGGCGAAAAAGGUAAUAUUGGGGCACCUGGUAUACCAGGAAUUGGAAUUCCUGGAACUCCUGGAGCUAAAGGUGAAGCUGGUAUAUCUGGUAUAGAUGGAGUUUCAGGACUACGCGGUGAUAAAGGUGAUCAAGGAAUUACAGGACUGAAAGGAAACAAGGGAUCUAUGGGUUUGGCAGGUGAACGUGGACAGCCUGGAGAGCCAGGAAUGAAUGGAUUCCCUGGAGAACCUGGACAACGAGGACAACCAGGUUUUAAUGGGGCCAAAGGGGAUAAAGGUGAUGCAGGUUAUCCAGGACUUAACGGUUUGCGAGGUUUGCCUGGAGUACCAGGGCCUGAAGGUCCUCAAGGACCACAAGGUUUACCAGGCUUUUCAGGACAAAAGGGAGAUAGAGGACUUCCUGGCACAGGCAUUAGUGAAAAGGGAGCAAAGGGUGAUAUCGGUUUAACAGGAUUAGAAGGCAGGAAGGGAGAAAAAGGUGAAAGAGGUCUGCCAGGAGCAAUGGGCUUACAAGGUGACAAAGGUGAUAUCGGUUUAACAGGACUGAAAGGAAAUGAAGGAUUAAUUGGAGUUGCUGGUGAAAAAGGUGAUCGAGGCCCAGCUGGUCCUACAGGUUUACCUGGCUUGGUAAUGGUGGGUGAAAAAGGAUUGCCAGGUCUACCAGGUAAACACGGUCGACCAGGAAAACAAGGUGCUCCUGGAGAAAAAGGAGAUCAAGGCCUUACCGGUCUUCCAGGUAAAGUUGGUGAACCCGGUCUUCCGGGUCCCGUUGGACCUAGAGGAGAAAAAGGUGACCAAGGCCUUGAAGGUGCGGCUGGUGUGCCAGGUAAUGAUGGUUUUCCCGGAGCGCAAGGUCUUCCUGGUGUCAGGGGUGAUAAAGGUGACAGAGGAGAUAAAGGUGCAACGGGGUACGGCUUCCCUGGACAAAAAGGAAACACAGGUCCUCCAGGUACACCAGGACUUAUGGGAUUGAGGGGAGAAAAAGGUGAUCGAGGAACAGAUGGUUACAAUGGGCAGCCUGGUCCUAUGGGUUCCCAAGGUGAAAAGGGUGAACGAGGUCCCCAGGGUAGACCUGGUGAACCGGGUAUGAUUGGUAUGCAAGGUGAUAAAGGUGAAGCUGGACGCUUUAUAUAUGGUGAAAAAGGAGAACGUGGAUUUACUGGACCCCCGGGUCCAACAGGACCUGCAGGACACGAUGGGAAUCCAGGCCUACCAGGUAUGGAAGGAUUACCCGGUAUAAAGGGAGAACGCGGUUUGCCUGGACCAGUAGGGCCACAGGGACCAAGAGGGUCAAUGGGACUUCAAGGACAGCAAGGUGAAAGGGGUGAAACUGGUUUAGUUGGAAGAACAGGUCCACCUGGGGUCCCUGGAGCACCAUGUGUAGAAACAGAUUAUCUAACAGGCAUCCUUGUUGUGCGACAUAGCCAGGGAGAUUAUGUUCUCGAAUGUCCACAUGGUCUCGCUCCGUUAUGGGAGGGUUAUUCCCUUCUGUAUAUAGAUGGCAAUGAAAAGGCCCAUAAUCAAGAUUUGGGACAUGCUGGUUCAUGCGUAAGGAAGUUCAGUACAAUGCCUUUCCUUUUCUGUGACAUCAACGAAGUGUGUAAUUAUGCCAGUCGAAACGAUCGAAGUUACUGGCUGUCAACAAAUGAAGAAACACCAAUGAUGCCUGUAGAAGGAAGAGAUAUCGUGAAGUACAUAUCAAGAUGUGUGGUCUGUGAAGCGCCGGCAAAUGUUAUAGCAGUGCAUAGUCAAUCCAACACCGUACCUGAAUGUCCUGGAGGAUGGAUCGAACUUUGGAUAGGAUACAGUUUUGUAAUGCACACUGGUGCCGGUGGUCAAGGUGGAGGCCAAGCUUUAGAAAGUCCUGGAUCAUGUCUAGAAAGCUUCCGCACAGUACCGUUCAUAGAAUGUAACGGUGAGGGAGGAACAUGCAACAAGUUUGCUAACAAACUCAGUUUUUGGUUGACUACAAUAAAUGAUGAAGAUCAGUUUGCUAUGCCGAAACGACAAACUCUAAAAUCCGGAAAUCUAGUCGAACGUGUAGCUCGAUGCGCAGUUUGCAUGAAGAACACCAAAUAG